AUGGAAAUUGAGAAACCCAAUUUUAUGACUUAAGAACAAGCUGAAAAGCGUUAUAGUAUGAUCAAGUAAGGAUCUAUUAACUAUAACCUUCAUUUGGCAUUAGAAAAAGGAACAACUUUUAGAGGAUUAGUUGAGGCAAGCUUCGAAACUUUGAAUCUCACUGAAGAUUUAUUCAUCGAUUUCAGAGGAAACGAUUUGUUUAAAAUAGUCAUCAAUGGAAACGAGAUCAGCUAAGACAAGCCUAAUUUUGCUCACGUUUUUGAUGGGUUAUUCAUUAAGCUCCCACUCAAUCACCUUAAAAGCAACGAAAAGAACACUGUCACUAUUGUAUAUUAAAAUAAAUAUGCUGAUGAUGGUCUAGGCUUACACUCUUUCACAGAUACUGAUGGAAAACAAUAUAUCUAUUCUUAAUGUGAGUCUUUCUGGUGUAAUCGUAUCUUCCCUAAUUUUGACUAACCUAAUCUCAAAGCAACUAUGAAAUUAACUGCAGUUUAUCCAAAUGAUUGGAUUAUGCUUUCUAACUAAUUUGCUGAAUAAUAAGGGGCUUUUAAUAAGGAAAGUUUCACUUCUGCUGGAAGCAAUGCAGAUAUACUUCUCUAAGGAAUGUCAUUAGAAAAUAAGAAUAUUUCUUACUUCAAGACCACUUAAAUUCUUCCUACUUAUCUUUUCGGCUUCGCUGCUGGUCCUUAUGUGGUCAUCAAAGGACCUAAUUCAUAUAACAAUAUCCCUAUGAAUGUCUACUGCAGAGAAUCAUCACUUCCUUAUUUGUAGAAAUAUUCUGAUUUCAUUUUCGAAAUUACUAAUGAAUGCAUGAGAUUCUUUGUUGAAUUUUUCGGAUACCCUUAUCCAUUUGAAAAAUAUGACUAAAUUUUCUGUCCUGAAUUCAAUUGUGGUGCAAUGGAAAACGCUGGUUUGGUUACUUUUAAUGAUACUAGAUUCGUAUUCAAAGAGGAAAUUUCAGACACAAGAAUGACUGUUUUCUUGAAUGUUAUUGCCCAUGAAUUAUGUCACCAUUGGUUUGGUAAUCUUGUUACCAUGAAGUGGUGGAAUGACUUGUGGCUUAAUGAAUCAUUCGCCGAUUUUAUGGGUCACUUUGUUUUGACUAAAAUUUCAUCAAAAAUUAGACGUAUUGCUGAUGGUUUUGUGCUAUUCAAUAACAGAAAAGUUUGGGGUUAUAACACUGAUCAACAAAUAACAACACAUCCAAUUGCUGGUGAUGUUCCAAACACAGAAGUAGCUGAAAAUAUCUUCGAUGGUAUUACCUAUGCCAAGGGUGCUUCCACUCUUAGAUAACUUCUUUCAUUAAUCGGAGAAUAAAACUUUUCUUCUGCUAUGAAGCGUUACUUCAAUAAGUUUGCUUUCAAAAACGCAGACUUAAAUGAUUUCAUUGAAAACCUUGAUGUCGAAUUCCAAACAUUGAAUUUAGGUUUCAGUUUGAAGGAAUGGUAAUAAGAAUGGAUUUCCACUGCUGGUUUGAAUGAAUGCUAGCCUGAAUUCGAUCCUAACAACUAGAAUUCACACGCUUGUCUCUGCAUCCACUAAACAUGUGCCCUUGAAAUGCAUCCUACUCUCAGAAGACACAAUAUGAAGGUUGCAUUCUUCGAUGAAAAUUGCAAUAUCACUGAAUAGACUGUUAUCUUAAAGCCUGCUGAAAAGACAACCAUUGAAUACGAUGGCUCAAAGAAUUUCAAAGCUGUCCUCUUGAACUAUGGAGACUAUGCUUUCAUAAAGACAAUUUUAGAUCCUGUUUCUCUUACUUUCUUAUAACACAAUCUUCACAAAAUAUCUGAUGUUCUUACUCGUACUCUUAUAUGGAAGGCUUUCUAUGAUAUGGCUAGAGAUGGCAAGAUAUCUUCUGAAUAAUAUGUUGAUAUCUUUAUUAGCUGUAUCAAAAACGAAGUAAGUGAAGAAAUAGUAGCUCCUUAAUUUACUUACUUAUCUAAUAUUGUUAGCUUAUUUACUCCUCUUAAAUAUAAAUCAAUUUUGAAAUAAAAAUUAUUUUCUUUCUGUUACAAUUUCCUCUUAUCUACUUCUAAGGAACAAAAGAAUAAAAUUAUUACAAUCAAGACUGCUCUUAUUUAAUAUGCUGAUUCUUAAGAAUAAAUAUCUUCACUAGUCUAAUGGUUUAAAGGAUAAAAUAAAGAGCUUGAAGGAUUCGAAAUUGGAAAUGAAGGCGAAUGGCAAAUUGUAUGCCUUGCUCACUAAUCUUCACAAUAUACCUUAUAAGAAAAGAAGCAAAUCUUUGAUGAAUAACUGAAGAAAGAUUCUUCUGAUACCUCUAAGAAUAUGGAACAAAAAUGCAGAGCAAUUGUAGCUUCUGCUGAAGAGAGAUAAGUUUUAUGGAAUUAAUAUAUUAAUAAGCUAGAAUUCUCUUAAAGAAUUCUUUAAAAUUCUAUGGAAGGAUUUGUUAGCACCAAGGAUUCUGAUUUAAUCAAACCUUACAAUGAAAAAUUCUUCGCAGACAUUAAAGUUGUUUAUGCAAACCAAAUUCCUGAAUAUGCAAGUAUUGUAUAUGAUAGCUUACAACCUCAAAGCGAUGAUCUUGAUUGGCUUAUUGCUUAAUACACUAAUGUGUUAUCUAGUGUCCCCUCCACUCAAGUAUUCUUUACUCGUCGUCUUAAAGAAACCCUUGACUUACUCCAAAGAAAGAAGAGAGCAUUUACAUGUUUCUACUAAAGAACUCAACUUCAAGUAUGA